AUGACCACCGAGAGCGGCCAGCAGCGGCUGGAGCCCCCCGUCCCUCUCCGCUCCUGCAGCCCGGCUCCCGGAGCUCUCCAGAUGAGCCGGCCGCCCUCCUCCGCCCUGGAGACCUCCACCUCCUCUUCCUCCACCUCCACCUCCUCCUCCUCGGCGGCGGCGGCGUCCUCCAAGAGCAAGAAGGCCAGCUCCGGGCUGCGGCGGCCCGAGAAGCCCCCUUACUCCUACAUCGCCCUCAUCGUCAUGGCCAUCCAGAGCUCGCCUUCCAAACGCCUGACCCUCAGCGAGAUCUACCAGUUCCUGCAGGCCCGCUUCCCCUUCUUCCGCGGCUCCUACCAGGGCUGGAAGAACUCCGUGCGCCACAACCUCUCCCUCAACGAGUGCUUCAUCAAGCUGCCCAAGGGACUGGGCCGCCCGGGCAAGGGCCACUACUGGACCAUCGACCCGGCCAGCGAGUUCAUGUUCGAGGAGGGCUCCUUCCGACGGCGGCCCCGCGGGUUCAGGAGGAAAUGCCAGGCGCUGAAGCCCAUGUACCGCAUGAUGAACGGGCUGGGCUUCGGCGCCUCCAUCCUCCCGCAGGGGGCUGCUCCCCCCGAGCAGAGCGACCCGACUUCUCAGCAGCUCUUCUUCUCCUCUCCUUCUCUUGCAGUGGGAUUGCCUCGCUACCAGCAUCACCCCUCCCCGGUGUGCGACAGGAAAGAUUUUGUCCUCAAUUUUAACGGCAUUUCGUCGUUUCACCCCUCGGCCAGCGGAUCGUACUACCACCACCACCACCAUCAGAGCGUCUGUCAGGACAUCAAGCCUUGCGUGAUGUGAGAGGGGCGCCCCAAACAGAGACAAUCAGGUGGCACCAACAGAGCCCAGGUAUAGACGGACCCACGCAGAUUAAAAUAUAAUGUGCACUCUGAUAGCAUUGAUAGUACACGAGUCACUUAGCAAAAUUACCUAAGGAAGCAGUGUUUUCGGCCCCCCCUCCAUCCUUUGAAGGACACGUACAGCCGACACGCGCUCCAAAGCUCUUCGUAAAAGAAAAAUGCCUGGUGUGAUGUGUUGGGUUAGGUGGGACUUCGGUGUCCUCAUGCCAGGUCUGACCACCUUAAUCAUAAACUGCCUUUCUGUGAUCUCCUAAAGAAUCGAGUUUUGGGAAAGGGAACGAUUCGAUAUUUUUGUAUACGAGAAAGUGUCUUUGAAUAGGAAAAUAAAUCUCCCAGCUCAGCACCUGCGAGGACUACCCCUUCCGUUGCUGCAUUAGCGGGAAAUUUACUACUUUAUUUUUUUUCUCUCCCCAAGCCCGACCAAGGACACUUCGUAUGGACUUCAGCACCGACC